CCCCACCCCUCUGACAUUUGUUUUAUGUGUGAGCAUUUAAAGCUGCGUUCUCAAUAACAUCCCAUCUUUCACAGCAAAACAGACACUACACAUUACUAACUUUAUACCAGAGCAUCAAGAGCAAAAACCAUCCAAACAUUUACAGAACUACAAAGCUGAGGAAACAGCUGAAUGAUGAGUGCUACUCAGAGUCAAACACUGGUGUCCAGACUGGAGGCCCUGCAGUGCCACUUCACCUGGGAUCUUGACCUCAGCAGGUCCUUACUUUUACGUUGUAGGGACAACUUGUUAAACAUUGGCACCAAUGAUGGAAACCCCUGGCUGCGUCACAUCUACAACCUGCGAGGGUUCAUUCAGUACAAGCUGGGAUCCAAUAAAGAAGCCCAGGAGUCCUUCAACAAGGCUACAAAGGCCUUCAGCCAGAUCAAAAACACAGAUGAGGGCCCCUGGUUAGUGGUGAACUACGGGGACCUGGCUUGGCUGCACCACCACCUGGGAGACCAAAAAGAGAGCGAGGCCUACCUGUCAAAGGUCGACGCCCUGAAUAAAAAAUACCCAUCUCCAUCCCAGGAGGAGCUCCACCCAGAGACCUACGCUGAAAAAGCCUAUGCGCUGAUGACGGUCAGUGGAGACAAAACACUUGUUGUAGAUUACUUCCAGAGAGCCAUCGAGAUGCAGCCAGGCAUACGAGAGUGGAACACUAGCCAUGCCUUAGCUUUAAUGCAUGCUUCUGAGCACAGCAGGACAGGGCUGCUGGAAGAAAACAUCUUGGAGAAAAUGAGAAUUGCCCAAGAACAGGAUCCAGAGAACUUGUACCUUGCUGCUCACAACCUUGAUCAACGUGCUAUGAGAGGAGAAAGUAUUCAAGAUGAAGCACGUGAGUUAGCCACAAAGGUUUUGAGAAGUCCUGUCAGCAGCUACAGUGGUUUAAAACCAUUGCUAUGGGUUUACAGAAAGUAUAUAUCUGAUGAUGAGGCCAUUCAUUUGGCAGAGGAUGCUCUGAAGAACCAUCCAACUGAACGUUAUCUGAAGAGAUGUGUUGCACUCUGCUACAAAUGGAAGAUCAUUUUUUCCAAGGAAAGUCCAAAGAAAAGCUUGCUAGACAGAGCAAUCCUUCUCCUUGAGGAGGUGAUUGCUCUUUACCCUCAUUCCUCACUUUUGAGGAAAAUAGAAAUUGCAGAAGUAUAUGCACUGUCACGUGAUGAUCAGGCUGAAGCUGAUCAGAUAUAUCAGGAACUGUUAGAGUUAGGUGAAAAAGGUGUUUUGGAACCUGCAGACAAACAAAUGCUUUACUACAAGUAUGCACAUCAUUUAUAUUUCCGUAAAAAGGAUGGCAACAUGUCAAAACAAUAUCAGAUGAAGGCGGCAGAGAUACCGCACCAAUCCUUAUUUCGUAAGAAAAGCAUCAAAGUUCUGAAGAGAAGCAGGGACAGAGAAAUAAUAGAUUUUCUGGCAAACCUGCAAGAGCCAUAGUGUUCUAAACAGCAAUGGUUUGAAAUCCAAGCAGAAGAUAUGGCAUUAGUAAAAAAUAAUCUGUACAUCUUCAUACAUUUGAUUGGCUGCAAAUAAGAAAGAAAACCGUUUUUCUUCUGUUGGUCGGGUAAUACACAAGGCAGCAACACACAUACUCUGAAAAUGUAACAUACAUUUUUCUAUAUUGGUUUUAGACUUUCAUUGUCAAACAGACUUAAAUGUGUUAUAUUUUGAACUUUCUUAUUUGCAGGCAGGUUUCAACUAUGCUUUACACUUUAGUAGCAGACAAGCGCUAUUUAAAAUACAAAUUAGCUGAGCACUGUUUUUAGGCUGUGUCUUAUUUGUUAAAUACAAAAACGAUGAAAUAUACAUUAUGUUUGCUAAUGGUUUCUUUGAAAACUAAAACCUGUUAAGCAACUAGUGUUAAUUUCGUCAGCUAUUUUUUGAUUUAGUUUUAGUCUUAGUCCUGUGUUAAAUUUCCUUUUUAGUUUUAGUCAUAUUUAGUCACCUUCAUCC